UUUGUUUAUUUAUGAACGGAAAAUAAAAAAUGUCAUUUAUGUAAAUUAUUGUAUUGAACUAAUUGUUAAAAAUACUAUUUCAUAUUUAUAAUAGUGAAACUGGUUCAACAAUAAAUAUAAGAUUAUUGAUAUUACAAAUACCAACAACUCCAAAAGGAUUUACAAUUAUCAACGCCUGUGAAGUCAUUUUCAAUAUACCGAUUUAUUUAUCCUAGUAAAAAAACAACUAAUUCAAGAAUUAACACAAUGUUGGACGAUUCUGAGUAUGUUAUCAAUACCAAAGACAUUGAAGGUGAAAUGACGAUAAAAAAUAUGAGAAAUGAACCUCAUAACAAUGAUUUUUCUAUUAACACAUUAGAUGAACCUGUCAAAGAUACAAUACUUAGAGAUUUGAAAAUCGUAGGUAAAAAAUUCCAUCACGUAAUAAAUCCCAAAGAAAAAAAGAGUCUCUUGAAAGAAUGGGACUUGUGGGGACCAUUACUAUUAUGUACAUUUUUGGCUAUGAUUUUACAAGGGCAUUCUGAUAAAGAGGUAUCCAAUGAUGGAGGUCCUGAAUUUGCCGAAGUAUUUGUAAUAGUGUGGAAUGGCUCAAUAGUAGUGACAUUGAAUUCUAAACUAUUAGGAGGAAAUAUAUCAUUCUUCCAGAAUAUAUGUGUUUUGGGGUAUUGUCUACUUCCUAUAUCUAUUGCUCUCAUAUUUUGUAAAAUUAUAUUAUUAUUUGAGCAAACAAUUUACCUGUUUAUACUUCGCGUUCUCUGUGGUGUAAUUGGAUUCCUUUGGGCUAUAUAUGCUUCUACAACAUUUUUAAGCGAAAGUCAUCCAGUAAAACGGAAGGCACUUGCAGUAUAUCCAAUGUUUUUAUUUUAUUUAAUUAUGUCAUGGUUAGUUAUAUCGCAUACUGGUUAAGAUACUUCAUCUUUAAGAAGAUAUUAAAAUUAUGAUAAAGUUUGUGAUAUAAAUUGUAAUUAAAUUAUA